AUGAUAUAUGGGGACAUUCUUAAAUAUGGACAGGCCAUAGUAGAGAAGUGUACAAAUUCAAAGAGAUGCCUGUUGUACUUAAUCCUUUUUAGACUGCUUAACUGUUUAGUGGUUCAGACGUCCUUCUUUCCGGAUGAGUAUGCUCAGUCUAUCGAAAUAUCGCAUUAUUGGGUUUUCGGUUAUGGGCAUAAACCCUGGGAGUGGGAACCCUGUAUAUCUCUGCGAUCUGUUGUGCACCCCUUGACAACGUCCUCUCAGUCAUUCGAGUGCAUAUUGAACAUAUGGGGGGUAUAUUUUAUCUCGAAGAACUACCUCCCCGCCUUUCCCGCCAAAGGGGGAAUGUCACUUGCCUGUUCGAGUGAAAGCGCGAAGGAGAAACAGAGCAGCCAAUCGAAAGGAGGCACAACUGUUGUGCGGAGGGGCAUCCUUCGCAGUGAUCAAAGAUUAGCACAAGAGUGCCACCCUUUCAGAAGUAUCAUCAGUAGUGAUGAUGCAUCGACGUUACUCCCCGCAGGGGCAGCAGAAUAUGGAAAGACUUCACACCAUGCACGAGGGGUAGAGACACAUAAUCAGGGUGAUGCUUCCACAACUGGGUACUACUCCGCCCACCAGGGUGUCCCCCACAACCGCUCCACAGCAAUGAACAAGUUCAGAACCGCACAGAUACAAAAUCUUUUGCUGAGCCUGUUGUGCAGCUCCUUUUGUGUGUUAAUCAGACCGAACGCUGCCCCAUUUUGGCUAUGCGUAUAUUUCCUCUACUUGGUGAAAAGCGCCAAGGGGCACAAGGCAGCUCUGCGAAUGGAGGAAGUGCUCAUAAUUGGAGUAUUGUACACGGUGAUUUUUUUUCUCCUAGGAAUGAUAGCAGAUUCGUAUUACUACAAUAAAAUAACGAUCAGCUUUGUGAAUUUUUUUCUAUAUAAUUUUGUAAGUGGACAAAACAGUUACUUUGGAGAGCACCCCAUCCACUUUUACCUUUCCUGUGUCAUUCCAUCCAUAUACCUUCUUUUCACCCCUUUUACAUACUACGCCUUUUUCUAUAUGAUGAGAAAUGUGGUGACGGAAAGAAGCCCCCUUGAUGCAGUAAUCAACAGAAUAGAUCACAGUGUCUACGUGGCUACUCUUUUGGAAGUCCUAUUAUUAUCACUAAGUGUUCAUAAGGAGCAUAAACUUCUCAUCGGGUAUAUGCCCUUCAUCACGAUAUGUACUGGCUUUCUUCUUCAUAUGGGUUGUAUCUUCUUUUUCAGUAGAGUACAUAACAGUUCCCCAGAAAAAGUAGCCACUUACUUUCGUAACCUUAAAACAGAUAGAGAUAAGGAAGUAACCAUUUUGAUGACAGACUGUUAUGAUACCCCAUUGUACUCUCACAUUCAUAGGCAAUUUAAAAUAGGCUUCCUAGAUUGUUCGCCACAUAUUAGGGAUCAAAAUGGACAUGUAUUGCACAAUUGGAGGAAGAAAAUAUAUGACAAUAAUUUUGGAACAAUUUUUUAUGACCUAUUUGAUGAGACUAAACGGACAUCGGAAUCGGUCGAGCCGUAUAUAAUCCCAGACAAGAACUUCCACUGGUUUGGUCAUAAAAAUUUUAACACAAGAAAGCAGUUCGAAUGGGUUUACGAGAGAAUUAACUUUUCCUGUUUGCAUUACCGUUUUUUGACACCCUUAAAUGGAGAGCUCCCCCUUUACUUGGUCACCACUUCGGAGAGGUUGCCCCAUUUGGCACGCUUUCUCUCGGAGUUUAAGUAUCACCUUAAUGUGGACCCCAUUUUUUCCCACUUUGCUUUGGUAGAGGGGGGCCGCAAGCUGGAAGUCGUCAACCAUUUGAUUUUUAAGCGAGGCUCUGCAUAG